CUUUAAUGUUCGGACAGCACAAUGAUGUAACACUAUCCUACUACGUGGCAGGGCGGCCUCCCCGCCCGAGCUGUAGAAAAUGGCGUUGGGAACCCUUUGUCCCAUGGCUACAGGCUUGGGGAAGCCGCGAUUAGACGCACUGGUCGUGGCCGCUGUUCUAGGGUUUAGCUCCGCGUUUCGGAAAGGCCGCGAACGCCUUUCCUUUUGAUCGGCUGAUUUUACAUUUUGGAACGCAUUGAGGACUAACCGGCCGAGGCAUUUUUCUUUUAGAGAGCGCGUUACGAGAGUUGGUAGCCAGGAGGCCUGCCGAGGUGCCCUGCGCGUUCAAGACGUUAGAGCUGUAGUCCGGGACGCCUCUUUUGUGCAGACAUACGUGGGCUACUUUAUAUCGGGGAGGAAGCUGCGGUGCCAUUUUUUCUCCUAGUCUCGAGCUGCACCGUCCAUAUUGCGCUCCACUCGUGGUCCAUGUUUCCAGACGAAGACACGCCCAGUAUGAUGAUUGACGGCGUUCCUUUUCGGGACCUUCCAAUCUGUCACAUCAAGUGCAGUCUGAACAACACAUUAAUGACGCUCACUGACUCAUCAGGGAAGUGCCUUACAAGAAAAUCGGGUGGCACUGAAGGAUACAGGAAUGCCAAGAAGGGCACCACAGUUGCUGCCCAAGCUGCAGCUCUCAGCUUCAGCCAUGUGGCCCAGCUGAGGGAGAUCAAGAACAUUCGGGUUAUUGUCAAGGGCCUUGGACCCGGCAGGCUGGCAUCCAUCAAAGGUCUCCAAAUGGGCGGCCUCACCGUAAUUUCUAUCACCGACAGAACACCGGCUCCCGAGAAGUGUCCAAGACCACGCAAAGCGAAGAGGCUUUGACGUAUGACUGACCAUGCUGUACCAAUUAGUGCUGUAAAUAAAAUAUGAAUUAGACAAUG